AUGUCUGCGAGCUCUACUCCUGGUCCUAGCAAUCAAGACCCUACUAUGCUCAAUUUGGAAGUCUUGCUGAACUUGUUACAACAGCAGAUGGUUCAGCAUCAGGAUUUGAUGACUGCAAUCCAGGCCCAGCAACAAGAUCAACAGACUUUGAUGAACAUGGUUCAGAUGCAACUUCAGAAUGCAAUGCCUGCUCCAGCUCCUGCCCCUGCGGUGGUGACAACUUCUCAUCCUACCGUCAAGUUCCCCAAUCCUAUGGCUUUUACUGGCAAACCUUCUGGUGUUUGCUCCUACAUCGCUGAAAUUGAGUCCUGCUUCACACUUUAUCUGAACCAGUUCAAUACCAAUUAUGCUAAAACUAUGUAUUUUGGCACUUGGCUCAAGAAUGAGACUGUGAUGAAAUGGUUUAUGGGAGUUACUUGCACUGAUGCUACGUUGUUGAGUGAUUUUACGCAUCUCAAAGAGGCUAUUGAGAAGCACUUUGGAGAUGUGGAUUACGUCGAGACCACUCAUUGCAAACUUUGA